GUCUGCGCGUCCUUCAUGCGCAUCCCAGCCUUGUAGUGGGACCCACCUGCAAUAACCUUUCCACUUAAUUAUGUCUUAUGCAUUCGAUCUCAUUGUUGUUUCAUAUGAAGCGCUUCGUCUGUAAAAUUAGUGUGAAUCAUCCUAAAAUGAUUUUGCUGAUCCGGGAAUGCUGAGAUCAUGAUGAGGGAGGGGUCCAGUGGGAUGGAGCAGAGUUGCAUGCAGUCCGCGAUGGCUAUGGGUGCACAGUCCAAGAAAGGCUUCUCCAGGAGUAUCACCGUGGAGAGGAAAAACCUCAUCACAGUUUGUAGGUUUUCGGUGAAGACACUGCUAGAGAAGUACACAGCAGAGCCCAUCGAUGACUCGUCAGAGGAGUUCAUUAACUUCGCUGCUAUUCUGGAACACAUCCUCAGCCACCGCUUUAAAGGCUCUGGCAGCUGGUUUGAUGGUCAGCGUAGUUUUUGGGACUUCAUCCGUCUGGCCUGCAGUAAAGUGCCCAAUAACUGCAUAAGCAGCAUUGAGAACAUGGAGAACAUCAACUCCUCACGAGCAAAGGGCAGAGCAUGGCUACGGGUUGCACUGAUGGAGAAACGGCUGUCUGAAUACAUCGCCACAGCUUUGCGAGAUAGCCGCACCACCAGGAGGUUCUACGAUGAAGGUGCCAUAAUGUUGCGAGAAGAAGCAACUGUUUUGACCGGAAUGCUCAUCGGACUUGGAGCGAUUGACUUUAGUUUCUGUUUGAAAGGGGAGGCUCUGGAUGGGAAGUCUGAGGCUGUUAUUGACUACACUCCAUAUCUGAAAUUUACACAAAGGACAAGUCUGAUUCCAGGCGAAUCUCAUCCCCUCUCUAAGGAUUUGUCAAUUCCUCUUGUUAACCAAUGGCCAUCUCUCCAAAACUACAACAACCAGGAGGACAGGAAACUGUACCACAGGGGUAGUUUUCCAAGCCCGGAACCACAUAUAAGCUUAACUACAGAUUCUCAGAGGACAGAAAGGAAACAUAAUGGAAAAGCCUGGUGCACAGCAGAAAAAGAAUACACUUCCUCUAUGUUAGGCCUGUGUGGUUCUCUGUCCUCUUUACCCAGCUGUAAGUCCCUGCCAAGCCUGAGGUCGACAGAGUGCCUGGUAAACAUCAGCGCAGAGCCCAGUCCUGCUCUAACCCCUAGCUAGGGACCACCAAAUGAGACCAAUACAAGCAGAGAGAAACUGCACUGUCAGCUAAGACAUCCAAUGAUAUUAUGGCUCAGCUGCAGCCUGUGUAACACCUGUUACACUGAUUCUCACAAAAUAAUCAGUGGUAAGAUAUAGCUAGACCUCUUUAGUUAUGGUGAGAGAUAUGUUCCUCACAGACUUAUCCUGUCAGAGCUUUUCAGAUGAGUGUAUCUCUGAAUGUCUUUGCUGUUCAAACCUUUCUCCUGGCUUGUUGUGGUAACCAGUGAAGGCAAACUGUGGACUAUGCACUGACUGACUUGAGACCUGAAACCAGUUUUCAUUACAAUUUCUUGUCUCAAAGCCCAACACAGCUUUCCCACAUUCUGUUGCCCUUUAAAAUCUCUUAUGGGAACAUACAUACAAACAAAACCAUACAGACACUUAUAGCCAGAAAUUAACCAUGAAAAAUGUGUGAAAGAAAGCAUAUUAUAGUUACAAAUUCGUAUUUUGACAUUAUCAUCACUUUAUAUUUUAAAUUCUCACAUUUCAACCAUCUAAACAUCUCUCCUCUGCCAAACAACAUGCAAGAACUAAGAAGAUAAACAAGAAGAUGUGUAUGUCUUUACAGUCUGCUGUACAAUUACAGAGGUAAUAAAAUGAAAGACAUUUCUGGAAUAGCUGCCUUAUUCCUCUUUUCUUGCCUCUUGAAGUAACUUUGAAGAUGGGAUCACUCUGCACAUGAUGGCAGUAUACUAUUGCUAAAUGACUGACAGUGCUGGACGUGAACAAAUGGACCAGUAUAUAUCUGCAUACUGUUGUAUUGUUCUGUAUGUUUGACAUGUAUUUGUCAUCUGUUGUUGCAUCAUUACAAUAUGUCUGCAGUGUGUGGACCACUGUCAUUUUCAGUAUAUUAGCAGAAGAUUUGAAACCGUGCAUUUAUAUAUAUAAAAAUAUCAUAUAAAACUGAUAAGCUAGAUUUCCCCCCUCCAUUGCCAGUGUAAUUGAAAGUCUGUUUGUUUGAGAAUGUGUGUCUGUGUUGUCUUAGACAGCUGUUCACCCUCAAUUAGCAUUAAAUAACUUCAUUCAUCGCACAUUAUUUUGUCAUUUAAAAAG